UUACCGUCAUGGUUCAAAAUAAGGUUAAAUUUGCCUCGCCUGUCGAUAGAUUAAGACGCUCAGUUGAAUAGUUUUAGCGCUAUGGAAAUUUGAUACUGUAAGAAUUUGCCGAAGGUAGGUCCGUCCUAAGAUCGUGAUCGGUCGAUAAGGUUUCGGAAAUUCUCGGAAGUUGCUUAGCAAAAGCUGUAACAAGAAUGGCGGAGAAUUGACUAUGCAUUCUGCAAACGCAGAUGGACUAACAGAAAGAACAAGGGGAAAAAACAGAGAUUUGAUUCACGACUCAAUGAUUGCUAGAACGCCAGUUUCGUCUGGAGCGAGACGUUUCAGCGAAGGAAAGUUUGGAGGACAACCACAAUCACAUCAUGGUGAAAGACCAAUGAGUGGCAGGUCGCUAGACAGCCCAGUACCCCCAAAUAAUACAGCACAGACAUCCCAACAUAGGCCUCAUUCAAAUCAAAGACCAUUUCAAGAUGGAAGCCAUCUGUUACGACGUCAUACCACAGAGGACCUUAUCUCUUCUAAUGAACACAAAUUUUCAGGAAGUAAUGCUUCAUUUGUUCCUAGACCUCCAUCACGGCACUUUGCAGGUAUAGAAGGUCGUCCAAAAUCAGCCAGGGGUCGUGUACGUCCGACGUCCCAGCCUGGGAGAGAGACUAAAGCUUCAAGAGAAAAUCUGCAGCGUGUUGGGGAACAAGUUCCUUUCCCACCUCUAAAAUCACAAUCAUCAUUCUCAAAGUACAAGCCACUUCCUUCUAUUGGUACAGGACUUGUUGUUGAACCUGAUGGGGACCAUCCUUCUCACCAUUCUGGUGUAAAAAGCAAACAUGAUAAUGACAAUGACAAUCUUAUGUUGCUACAAAAGACAGCUGAUCUGUCAUUACAUUAUACACUUCCUGAUGAACCAAAAGAUACAGAGCCACAAAGGAUACAUCUUGCUAUCAGACUUUUAGAUGGAUCUCGUCAUGAAAGAUGGUUUAGACACACUGACACACUAGGAACGGUGCUGGCUUUUGCUGAGUCAGCAAGUAAAAAUAAACUUCCUCCUUGCCAGUUCUGCACCAAUGAAGUGCCAAGACGGGUUUUUGACAAUUUUUCUGAAAGCCUGAUACAAGCUGGUAUAACCUCAAGGACAGUUCUGUAUCUUGAAGACAUAGUGUAGCUUCAGUUGUCAAUAAGAUAUACUGUGUUGUACUUCCCUAAUCCAGUGCCAUCUAUAUGAUGUGGACUGCCAGUCAUUAAGUCCCAGUCAAUUUUACACCCUCUUAAUCUGUUGGCAGACAACUUUUACAACUUGCCAUCUGGUUGUAGCCCCCAUGCAGAUGCUCAGAGCAUCUGCAUGGGAGGCUAAUCUGCUCAUGGAUCAAAUGAUAUUAAUAUGUCUGUUCCUGGAAGUCUCAUAUAUAUACACAUUACAAAAUAACGAACUGUCUGUAUUUCAAAUAAGAAUGGUAUAUAAUAUGUUGAUAAUUAAGCAGAUGUACAACUAGUUAUACAAAUAUUAUACUAAGGGACUAAAGUAUAUUUAAACUGUGUGAUAGAAAUUAUUUGUGCAGCUCUCAGACUGCAAAAUGUACAGGGGUGACAAAAUAAAUUAUUUACCAUACUCAAUGAAUAGUUCAUACCAGAUAUGUACUGUAUCCGCUGCUGCAAUUUACUUAACUUAACACUUAAACUAAAUUAAAAGAAUAUUUUGAACAAAUGUAAACUAUCAAUCAAUUAUUAGGUUAGAUAAUUUUUAGAUUCUAGGGGUGCAAAGUAACGGGCUUUGACAUUCAUAACACUUUGAAAUAAUGUUGUUUGUUUGUUACUUUUAAUUAUUGCUAUUUAUUGCUCACAAAUAAUAAAGAAAGAAAGAACCUGUCUAUCAGAAGCCAUGAUAUAUUAGGGAGAACUCUGAUAUUUGCAUGACCAGUGUUUCCUGUUAUGGGAUUUUUUCCAGGGGGGGAAAUCCCAUAUAAACAGGAUGGGGGUGCUGGUUGGAAAUAUUGAAAAGAACUCCUAAGAGAAUACUAAGAUCCUGUUAUUUGGGCAUGGCUUCAAAAUUUUUUCACCACUAAGAGGUACUAAUUCUAAAACAAUGCAUUUGCUGAAUGUACUCUUUUACUGAUGAGUUGUGAAUUCAUGGUGUAAAUGAGACAAAAUUAUAAAUCAGUUCCUUUUUAUAUUGAAGUAGUCUUCCUGGUGGGAAUUCCAUUCUGAUUUCUUUUGUUUCCCUGACACUACUAUGAUCAAAUUUUUACUCCUUGAUUUUUUUAGGUUAAUCACAUAUAAUUCUACAAAAGUUUAAAGAUGCCGUUUACCAUUUACAAAUAUCUGCAUUGGUUCCGGAGAUAUUUAAGUUUAAAAAAAUGAGUAAAAUAUGCAAAUGAGAUGACUAUGAUGUCAUACACCCAACCAAAUAUUACAUCAAGUAUAUAAAUAGCGCUAUCUUGGUCACUUUGCAGCAGAAACCAUUGAAAAUUGGUAGCCUAAUAGUUCUAAAUGCAACACACCUACAGCUAUAAUCAUUUCCAUUCCCAUGGCAACCCACUCUUUUCCAGUCCUCUCUAGCCUGAUUUCAAUAUUUUAGUAAUUUUAAGCUUGGAAAACAUUAAACAAGGCAAUGAACUCAACCUAACGUAUU